CCUUCAUUCACCUGCAUUUGCGAUGCCAGCUUGACCCUGACACUGACUGAUUGCCGGCUGCAUCUUACCGAAGUUCACAUUUGUGAUAGUAGUGUCCGCGGCCCGCACGUCACGUUGCAAUCAUCAGCAAAGCUCCUUCAAGAUAAAUGUUUACAAGCACCGCUCAUACACACGUCAGGCAAAUUUGAUGAUCUUUGCCUGGACACCAUUUCUGCAACACUACGACCGCGCGUGCAGCGAUAGCUUGCCAUGGGCGGUCAGGAUGAAGCGGCGUUCGCUCCUCCCAUCGCACCGAGCCUCUCCCUCAGCUCGCCUGACCGUUCGGACCAGCAAUCGACGGGCGCAUCUUCGCUUCCAACAGGUUCCACAUCAAGCUCAUCAGAGCCCGCUCUAAUUUCGCUCCCGGCUUUUCGCAUGCUCGCACUCUCCAAUCCCGUGCUGGAAGCCUUUUUCGAGCGUGAUCUUCCCAGUUCUUUCGCGCUCCUUCCUCCAGCAAAAGGAAGUAGCGGGAAGGAUAUCUGGUCUCAAGCUGGUAAACGGACAUUGCCUGCUACUACAUCUUCAGAUCCCGUGGAUGCACCACAUGCCGCUGGCAGUGAAUCGUCGAAUACUUCCUUGGGCAAGAAAAAGUCGGGAUUGUCUGGUGCUGGUGGGAUGGCGAGCGGAUCGGCCGGAUACAGCGUGGCUCCUCGAUCGGGCAUGCUGGGCUCCCUCUUCUCCACGCUGCUCGGAGAGACCGAAGCUGAAGCUUCUCUCAGAGUCGCUCGUCUCUCAGACACAGUCGCUGGGGCUUUGGAAAUUCCCAAGACAGUCAGGGGCCCACUUCCCUCCUUCGCUGCUCGGAAGGGCAUGAACCGAACGCUAGAUGGGAGAGAGGCAGAUACAGAUACUCUCAGGGAAGACGAGAAGAGGCGCAAGGCCGACUAUGAGGGUGGUCUGCAUUCUUCUGAGAAACGCGAUGCGUUUGCGCACACCAGGGUGGGUAGUGCAGAGACUUCACAGCAGGAUCACGCCGGGCCCCUUCUAGCCAGACCACAACGACCGAAGCCGGACAAGAGACAGUCUCUGCGCGGGACGGACAUUAUGGGUACAGGCGAAGGUUCGGCGAUGCACGCGAUCGCAGCAGCCACAGCUUCCUUGCGUCGCACCCCUUCGCACGCCGAUAUGGGCUUCAGCGUAGAUCAGCCAGGUGUGGAAGAGGAAAUGGACGAUCACGAAGUGGAUCAUGCCGGUCAGAUGUUGAGCGUCGAAGGGUCAACGACUGAAAAGACGAGCGGAAUACCUCAAACUCCCGAUACGGAUAGGGAUAGAGACCUUGCCAAUAGCCUGAAGCGGCUCAGCACUGCGCACGUUGACGGGCUGAGCUUUGACGUGGCCGAACACAGCGACACGAAGGAUCAAAGGUGAAAUUUUUCGACGGCUCAUUCUGUAAGCAUCCAGACGCAACGCGUCGCGACACGAUGAGAGAGGAUUCUUGGUGCAAGCCCAACCCAUCAUGCACAUGACAGCCGGAUGCUGCGCCAGAUCACGUUCGUCGCGAUCGACGAGAGAGUCUUGGCAUAAAUCCUGGUCUGCAACGGGUCACGUCGAGCAGCAGCUCAUGGCGACCAUCCAAAGCGACGACAAAGGAUACAGCCAGGUACUCGAAACGACGGUGCAAUCGCUUGAAGAGCUUCGCGAUGACACACCUUUCACGCGGUAACGCAUCAGGCCAUCUGUCUGUGUGUAGCGAAUCACAGCAGACGCGACGCAUAUAUUUGCGAAUCACAAGACGAGUCCUUACAGCAAUGAUUGGGCAGUACUUCAGAAACAUGUAUCGUAUUAGUACAACAAGAUCAUAUGGGGGUCUGAUCAGAAGAGCAACAGAUGUAGGUCGAUUGUCCACGCAAACCAACCCAUG